CCGAGGCAGAGAGCGGGGAGAAUGGGCUUCGUGCUGCGUUCCCUUUACCAGUGGCCGGGUCUCGCGGGGUCCCGGCGUGGACUCCUCCUCGUCACCCCUGACGCUCCUGCCAGAUCAUUCCUGCCAUGGCUGCCCCAGCUCAGGACUGUCACCCUCCUCACCCGAGUCUCUGCUGAUCCCUGUGGCAGCUUCCAUGUGGCACAGCAUAGUGCCCUGUCGCCUUGGUGCUAUCAACAGGUCCGUUCUAAGGCCCGAGGCAAUGAAUACCAGCCCAGUAAUAUCAAACGGAAGAGGAAACAUGGUUGGAUUCGGAGGCUCAGCACCCCUGGUGGAGUCCAGGUUAUCUUGCGGCGAAUGCUGAAGGGUCGGAAGUCCUUGACCCACUGAGGCCCGAGCAGGCUAUCAAAGGGCCAGAAUAAAUAGCACCUAGGAACCGCAUUAGCAAGAUGGGAUGGACAGGAACACCACCAAGAUAAAGCUUGAGCUCCUGAAUACCAAGCCAAGACAAUGGCUUCCCUUUCUUGGUAUAUUGAUAUCAUGGGACUUUUUCUGCAUGAUCUUUGGGUUUAGAAGACUGAAGCUCUUUUUGUGAUGUCAGGUGAUUUACUAAGUACAGAACUAUUAAAGCAGUUAAACCCUG